AGAACGCAAAGACACUGUACUUUUUGUUUUGGAUAUUUCAUAGGACGACAGUGUCAGCGGGAGGGAUAGGGAUGGCAAUGGCUGAUUCUCCAAACACCAACGCUGAUUCCGAUCUUGUAGAUACCAAUCAGAAUCCUAACCCUAAUUCUUCAAAUGCGUUAGUUCCUGAGUCUAGCUCUCCUGCUGUUUGCCUCUUCCGCUUCGCAGGCGACUCCGCUGGUGGCGCCUUUAUGGGCUCCAUCUUCGGCUACGGUUCUGGAUUGAUUAAAAAGAAAGGCUUUAAAGGAUCCUUUGUGGAGGCAGGAUCUUAUGCCAAGACAUUUGCAGUCCUGUCCGGAGUGCACAGUUUGGUUGUCUGCUUUUUGAAGAGGUUGCGAGGGAAAGAUGAUGUCAUCAAUGCUGGAGUAGCAGGAUGUUGCACUGGUCUUGCUUUAAGUUUUCCAGGAGCACCUCAGGCACUUCUGCAGAGCUGCCUAACUUUUGGGGCAUUCUCGUUUAUUAUUGAAGGGCUUAACAAGCAGCAACCAGCACUGGCUCAUUCAUUUUCUAUGAGACACAAAUGCAGCUACCGUGGUGCAUCUCAUCCCUUGGCUCUUUUGAGUGACUACCAUAAUGCGCAUCACCCCUUGGCUCUUCCUCUUUCUGUCCCUCUUCCAAAUGAACUUAAAGUGGCCUUCUCUUUUUUCUGCAAGUCCUUGAAGAAACCCAGUAUCAAUUCUCCUACUGCUUCCUGAUAAAAGAUUGGAAGCAUGAUUAAUCAUGUUUGGUUUAACAUUUUGUAGAUUGUUGGUGUGGUGACAUUUUACCAUUUUGUAGAUUUGUAAUUCAGAUUUCAAAACUUACCGGAGCUUGAAUGAUAAAAUGGUUCCUUCUAUUCGUAUGUAUUUUCAUUUUUGGCA